AUGUCAUCUCUGUUGAGGGAGGAGAUGGAUAGAGUCUUGUUCCGACGGGAGGGACAGAAGCUGGUGGAGUUUAUAGAAAUAGAGGAGCAACAUCAGGGACGGCAUUUUCUCUGUGUUUCUAUAUCCAAGGAUAAAGAAGCUCAGAUCUCAGUGGUCAUGUGUCGGAAAGUUAAGGAUUCACGGACCAAGAAGCUGCAGCACUGUAGGCUGGAGGACAGCUAUGAGAGAACAGAGAUCUGGGCCCUGGAAGACCUGCAGAUUCUGGACGGUAGAGAUCCAGAUAUAGAUGAUCCCUAUUUCUUGAUGCAUUUCGACUCUGUGCGGUCCGUCAGAGCAGUGAGCUGUGCUGCGAAAUACACGCUGGCUCGUUGUCUGCUGUCCCUGAGCAGGAAGCAUCACCACACGGCACUUAAACUUAAGAACUUUGACUUGACGUACAUUCAACCCACUCCAAUGUAUUCCGAUCGUGGUGACUGUGUUGUCCUAGCACAGAUCUGUUUCUAUGCCUUUAAUCUGGUGUGUCUUUCCUUGUGUCCUGUGCCUCUGUAGAGAAAGCAGACAAAGACUAAACUCUUGAUGUUGAAAAAAAGACAACGAUUUGUGUUUUGAGCACUUAGCUAUGCUUUGAGCACUUAGACCUAAACUAACUGUAACAUUACUCCAUAGUGUGGGUGAAAUUAAAUUUGUGCUAGUGCAAAUGCAAACACAAAAGGGUGUUUCUGAUGAGCAUUGUUGUGACUUGAAUAUAUAUUUAUUCAUUAACUUUUAGGCAUUUAUGCUACAUUUGACAUAUUUUUGCACGUUUUAGCUGAUUCAUAAAGCAAGCUAUAAUGGGGUUUAUCAUCGUUGAAAGAGAAACAAUGAGACAAACUAGUGGAUAUUACAGUAUACUCUUUUAAUAAUCUUAAGUGAGCUCAGGUGAAACGUCUGUUUGUCACAUUUCUAUUAUGCCUCACUUUUAACAAAUUAAACAUUUGGAGAAUUCGCAUAUUAUUUGAAACUGUGCACGAAAGCUUUCAUUCUCUGCAUGCAAGCAUUAAUAAUUGCCUUUUUGUAAUUUAAAAACCUUGAGUAACGUUAUACAUUACACUCAUACUUACU